CUAAAAAUGUCAUCAGGCAUCCAAAUAAAACCGAAGCCUGCAGUGCAGAAAAAUAAGACAUCAUCUCCUUCUCCAGAAUCUGCAAUUAAACCACAGCCAAAGCCUAGUGACAAGCUGAAUCCUAAAACUAUUGAUCCGUUUGGUGCUUAUUCUCAACAACAUUCUGUGUUUGCUGCUAUAUAUGCCAAAGGUGGCAUUCCAUGCAGGUUAGUGCAUGGCUCAGUAAAGCACAAACUGCAAUGGGAAUGCCUUCCUGAAACUCUUCCCUUUGAUCCUCUUCUUCUAACACUGGCAGAGGGUCUACGAGAGACAAAACAUCCGUAUACAUUUGUUUCAAAGGAGGGUUUUAAAGAAUUACUUACGGUUGAAGGUGCUUCUGAAAAAGCAAUUCCCUUGUUGUCUCGUCUAGUUCCAGUAUUAAAGGCUGCAUUGGCCCAUUCAGAUGAUGAAGUAUUCGGGAGGGGAUUGGAUGCUUUAGUUCAACUGAGCGCUGUUGUUGGCCCAUCUCUUAAUGAUCACCUUAAGCAUCUACUCACAAAUCUUUCAAGGAGGUUGAUGGACAAGAAAUGUAAAGAAAAAAUUACUAUUGCUUUACAAAAGUUGGAGCAGUACGGUGGAAAGGCAACUGUGGCCAUCAUCAAAUCUAAAAUUCCAACCUAUUGUUCUGUUGCCUCUUGA